CGCUCAAGUAAGCGAGUCCGCGGCGGCGCGGGAGCGCGCGGAUAGCCGUCGUCUGAGCGUCCUAGGACGGACGGGACGCGCCGCAGCGAUGCCCGAGAUAGACACCGACCAGCUCGACAGGCAGCAGGUGCAGCUCCUGGCGGAGAUGUGUAUUCUCAUUGACGAAAAUGACCACCAAAUUGGGGCAGAGACCAAAAAGAACUGUCACCUGAACGAAAACAUCAAGACAGGAUUAUUGCAUCGAGCUUUUAGUGUCUUCUUAUUCAACACUGAAAAUAAGCUCCUGCUACAACAGAGGUCAGAUGCUAAAAUUACCUUUCCAGGUUGUUUUACCAAUACUUGUUGUAGUCAUCCAUUAAGUAAUCCAAGAGAGCGUGAAGAAAAUGAUGCAAUUGGAGUAAGACGAGCAGCACAGAGGCGUUUAAAGGCUGAGUUAGGAAUUCCCAUGGAAGAGGUUCCUCCAGAAGAGAUUAAUUAUCUAACACGAAUUCACUACAAGGCUCAAUCUGAUGGUAUCUGGGGAGAACAUGAAAUUGACUAUAUUUUGUUUGUGAGGAAGAAUGUAACUUUGAAUCCAGAUCCCAAUGAGAUUAAAAGUUAUUGUUACGUGUCAAAGGAAGAACUUGAAGAACUUCUGGAAAAGGCAGCCAGUGGUGAAAUUAGGAUAACUCCAUGGUUUAAAAUUAUUGCAGAGACUUUUCUCUUUAAAUGGUGGGAUAACUUAAAUCAUUUGAAUCAGUUUGUUGACCAUGAGAAAAUACAUAGAAUGUGAAUGUGGAGAUAAAUGAUUAGUAAAGUACUGAAAAAUUUCUGUACUUAGUAAACUUAAAAAGAUUUUUUUUACUUUGGUUCCCCAUUAGGAGAACUCUCGUUUGAAACAUGGAUACUUUACAACUAGUAUUUGUGUGGAAAAUACAACCAACUUCUUAAUUUUGUAUCACAUAACCUGUAUGUGUGCACUGCUAUUUGUAAAAGACAUUUAGGAGAGGUUAAUGUAAAAGAGAGAGCAAAAAAACUUAAUUUAACCUGUCUAAACUUAUGGGCCUGACAAAUUUGAACAAAUAAGUGAAGCUCUUCGUUUUUGAUAUGUUGUGAUAAACAUUUUCAGAACACUUGUGGAGCACUCUGCUCUUUCCAGGCUCUUUGCGCUUUGCUUUAUAUAUCAUUAAAUUUUUAUCAUAGUCUAGAAAAAUGUGCAAUGGAAACUAUCUGCUUAGCUACUUUGAAACAAUCUAUAUUACCUUUCCAUAUUGACAGAUUAAACUAGUAGAGCAGGUUCAAGGGAUCUUAAGUGGUAUAUAUCCUGAUUUCUAUCAUUCUAAGUUGGUUUUGUGGUUUAGUCAUUCUGGAAGUAUCAUUUUGAUACUUAAAGUCAGACAUUGCUUUUGGUAAUGAUAUUGGUAGAUUCAGUCUUUUAAACAGUCUUUGUGAAUUAGCAAAGUCUGUGUUUUCAGAAUUACAGUGGACAGGCAGACUAGUUGUAAAAUGAAAAUUGAGUUGACUGGGUCAUACUCUACAACAGGGUUUCUUAACCUUGGCACUGUUGCCAUUUGGGCUGGAUAAUUCUUUGUUGUUGGGGUUCAUCCUGUGCAUUGCAGGAUGUUUAGCAGCAUCCCUGGGUUCUACCGCCUGAAUGCCAUUAGCACCCAGAGAGCUCCCCCAUGACAGCUACAAUGACACCAGAUGCCAAAUGUCUCCUGGAGGGCACGAUCACCCCCAUUUGAGAACCUCUGUUCUACAAAGUCAGGCCAUAUUGUAGGGGGAAAAAAUUAACAGAAAGGCUAAUUCAUGUUAAAUAGAUUUGAGUUAUGGAAUAUGUGUAUAUUAAUAUUUAAAUUGUACCUUGACUAAUGCACUUUUUAAAACUCUUGCCAUAGAUAGAUUUCUCAGAUUUGAUGUCUUAAGACAGCGAUGUUAUCCUUGAAUGCUGUAUGAUAA